AUGUCAAUUGAAUCAUUAAGUCUCGAUGACCUCUAUUCAACUAUGUAUAAUAAACGAAAAAUAAAUUUGAGCUCAAGUUUUAAAUUUCCGGCACCUGAUUUAAUUCAAGAUAGUCGAGGAGUAAUUCCAUUCAAACAGAAACAUCCAAAUACAAAACAACUUGUAUCUGGUAGUCUUGAUGCCUGCCUUUUUCUAUGGCCAUUUAAACCACAAGUCCGAGCAUACCGUUUUGUUGGACACAAUGAUGCGGUCCAUUCUGUCUGUUUCUCACCUUCUGGUCAUUUAAUUGCUUCUGGAUCUAAGGAUAAGAAAGUUCGUCUAUGGAUCCCUAGCGUAAAAGGGGAAUCAACAGUAUUCAAAGCUCAUACAGCAGCCGUUCGUUGUGUCGAUUUUUCAAAUGAUGGUCAAAGUUUAUUGAGUUCGUCUGAAGAUAAAACUAUUAAAAUUUGGACUGUUCAUCGGCAAAAGUUUCAGUUUUCAUUAAGUCAACAUUCUAAUUGGGUGCGAUGUGCCAGGUUUUCUCCAGAUGGUCGUUUGAUCGUGAGUUGUAGUGAUGAUAAAACUGUCAAAAUAUGGGAUAGAAACACGAACGAAUGUAUGCACACUUUUUAUGAACCACAUGGCUUUCUAAAUGAUGUUGCUUUUCAUCCAAGUGGUACUUGUAUUGGUGGAGGUUGCACAGAUGCAAGUGUGAAAAUAUGGGACAUACGUACAAGAAAGUUAAUUCAACAUUAUGCUAUGAAUAGCGUCUCAUUUCAUCCAACUGGCAAUUUUCUUUUAACUGCUUCAAGUGAUGCUACAUUAAAAAUAUUUGAUUUGUUGGAGGGAAGAUUAAUUUAUACGUUACAUGGUCAUCAGGGUCCAGCAAUGGCUGUAGCUUUUUCAAAACAAGGCGAUUAUUUUGCAUCUGGUGGACAAGAUCAACAGGUUCUUGUUUGGAAAACAAACUUCGAUUCAAAUUCACCAUUAGAUCCAAUUGCUAACAGUAGAGGAGAUGAUAUAUUGACCAGCGCAGCUAUAGGAGCAGCAUCAAAACUCAUUGGUCAAGAUUCUCAAAACUAUAAUAAAAAUGUAGAUUUUGUACCAUCGUCACGAAUUUAUUCUGCUGAUCAAAGAAAACAGCAGCAGCAAAUAUCAGCAUCGCAAUUUUUAUCUUUAAGAGAAAAAUCACAACCAGAAACAAGUGAUGAACGUCGUGCAAGAAAAAUUGAUGUAUUGAAAAGAAAACCAAUUUCAAAAACAGAUGUAGACGAUGAUGGAAUUGAAAUAACAAAUAUUGGAUCAGCUUAUCAAAAUGGAAUUACUCGAUCAAGUAGUGCUCUGGCAUGUUUGGUCAAUACCAGUAAGAAUGCAAACAGAGACAACAAUAAUUAUUCUAAUUUGGGAACAAAACAGCAACAGACAAGAACAAUGUCAUCUAAUAUGUACGAUGAUGAAGAUAUUAAUGUUGAUGGUGUCUAUUCUGAGAAUUUAGAAACAAAACUUUAUUCACCACAGUUAACAAAUACACUUGAACACAUCGUUCAACAACUUGAUAUAUUAACAAAGACAGUUGCCAUAUUGGAAACAAGAUUGACAAUGACAGAAACUAAAUUGCAGGAAAUGGCCGAACAACGAAAAUAUUGA